UACUGUAUGUGUUACUGGUGUGAACUAGUCGAGUCAUGCUAGAGCUCUUAUUUACAUCUGGGUCGCCGAGUGUGUCAGCUCAGAAAUUACCUCUCAGUGGUGUCAACACCAAUCGUCUCGUCCUCACUUAACGCCUCUCGCUGUCCCUAUAUUCCCUUCCUUCACGCCCCCCUCCCCACCGUCACUUACUUUCACCCCUUUUGUGCUCAUGUCAACCCCCCAAACACACACACCUCUCUCUCCCUCCCUCCCUCUCUCUCUCUCCAUUUCUCCCAUACACAAUCUUCCUCACAUCCUGCCUCUCUUCCCAUCACAUCGCUGGCUCCAUCGCCUUUCAUCGUCUGUGUCUCUCUGCUGCGCAGUCAUCCUCCGGCUCCCACACGUGUCAGCUGGUUAUUCCUCUGAAUGUCCAGCGGUUUGGCUGUGGUUUGUCUCCUCUCUGGAUCUUGAAGGAGAGCAUAGAGGCCAUGGAGCACAGUCACAUCUUCACCGUGUUGUCCACCAACUCCAGUUCGUGGAGUCCUCGUGGUUGCCCUCUUGGACAGUUUCCCGUCAUCUACUACAGUUCCUUGCUGUGCCUCGGCCUGCCUGCAAACAUCCUCACUGUGAUCAUCCUUUCUCAGCUGGUGCUGCGGCGACAGAAAUCCUCCUAUAACUACCUACUGGCCCUGGCUGUAGCCGACAUCCUUGUCCUGUUGUUGAUCGUGUUCGUGGACUUCUUGUUGGAGGACUUUAUUCUCGGAGUGCCUCUGCCCCACUCGCUCAACAAAGCGGUGCAGGUGCUGGAGUUCUCCUCCAUCCACACCUCCAUCUGGAUCACGGUUCCCCUGACUGUGGACCGUUACAUCGCUGUUUGCCAUCCGCUGCGCUACCACACCGUCUCCUACCCGGCCCGAACUCGCAAAGUGAUCUUGGCGGUGUACGUUGGCUGCCUGAUCACCAGCAUCCCGUAUUACUGGUGGCCGGAGCUGUGGCACGGGCUGCCGGGAACAAGCGCCAGUGGUCGCAGCAGCAGCGCAGGCCAGCAUGUGUUGGUUUGGGUCCACUGUGCAACGGUUUACCUGCUCCCCUGCUCCGUGUUCUUCUCACUCAAUGCCAUCAUUGUACGCAAGCUCCGUUGCCGCCGUAGCUGCUUCCGUCUGCGUGGCUACUCCACCGGAAAAACCACGGCCAUCCUGCUGGCCAUCACCUCAGUGUUCGCUGUGCUUUGGGCACCACGCACCCUCAUGAUCCUUUACCACCUUUACACAGCCCAACCGGCAAUGCCUGGACCGGCCAGGCUGCUGCAUUUGGUCACAGACGUGGCGAACAUGCUUGCGCUGCUCAACACAGGUGUCAACUUCUUCCUGUACUGCUUCAUCAGCAAGCGUUUCCGCAGGAUGGCUGGCAUGGUGCUAAAGGCCCUCUUCCGAUGCAGGAAGCAGCCACCACCAUUUUACACCAGUCACAAUUUCUCCAUCACCAGCAGCCCUUGGAUCUCACCAGCCAACUCACACUGCAUCAAGAUGUUGGUGUACCAGUACGACAAGAACGGCAAACCAGUUUGCAUAUCCUCCUGAACGCCAGCUCGAGUCAUGCCAUACCAAUAUAAUGCUGGCUACUAAGUCAGGCGAGCUUGGGAAAAGUCCUUCCCGACUGAGCUGAGCUGAAGGCGGUGAUCGGUUUGUUGGAAAGUGCCUCAACGAGAGAUCGAGUGUCAGGUUCAGAGACAUCUUAAGGCCAAAAUAUUGUGCUUUUUCUGGCAAAAAAAGAGGAGAGGUCAUUAAGCGAUAAUAUGCUAAUGCCUUUCAGGAUUUUAAUGCAAAAAAAGACUCAUCUCAAAGUAAAGAGAAAUUAUAAAAGGCUCACAUUCCAGGAAAUGACUGUCCAAUUAGACAAAUAUACAUCUUGAUGUGAUUUAAAGAGUUUGUAUCUAGUAGG